AUGGCAACUCUGCCUCUAGUAAUCCUCGGCCACCACGUCCUCCCAACGCCAACAGUCCACUAUGGAGAUUUGGCAACGUUAGCGCCGGUCACUCCACCAGGCCCAGCUGAACUAGGGGAUAUCGCACUGACCUUCGUUGGAUGCCGUGGCUUCCACGAAGCGACGUUUCCUGGUUAUCCUCAACUUCGCGGUGGUCUUCGUCACAUACCUAGAAUUGUUGCUGGGUCAUUCGUCACACAGCAUGCAUGUCGUCGCGAACGUUCACUGGUAGAGGUCUUCAGCUUGCUGAAGCUCCAAGUAGCACGGGCCGACCCUGGCCUGGCCAAAGGUGCAGAUGCACAAGCAGCUCCUCCUGAGAGGGCCAACUACAAGCCUACGGCUUUACCCCAGUGCGUCAAACACGUUCGAGGAGCUCUCGCCCUACUACCCCCUACACGGCUCCGGCGGCAAACGCCGGCUUGGAUACUCCGGUUUCAAGCUAAGAACCCGGUUGACGCCGCCGCUUUUGCUUAUAAGCAAGGCUCAAUGAAUGGGCAAGGCUUUUUCUGCGAGCACAGCCCCGCAUGGCAUUCCCAGCCGAACAUUAGCAUACUCCCUGGACAACUCGAACGUGCCAGCGGCAAAGGGCCCUCCCAAAGUACUAGAAGAUUCAAGCGACGCUCCACAUCCCCAGCAAGUUUAUUGAUAAGUAGCCAAUCUGGCACCUCAGUGGAAUCAGUUUCAAGCCUGGAGCCGAAACCUCGCCCCCUGCUAAAGCCAAAGGUGCUGAAGCCACCGGCCUUGGAGCCAAAGGAUGAUCUUCGUCAGCGUAUUAUUGCCGCCGUUCGGAAGGGCGGCGAGGGGCCCGAACACGAGGUAUUUUCCAACGUUUCAGAGCAAGAUCAUCAUUACAUCCUGAAUGCAAUUGAAUCCGACGAUAAUCUUAUUCGCAAACUAUCAUACACCCCGCGCCUUCAAAAACUCUCCGUCAACCUGCCGACUCCAGUCCACGAAUCCAUUCUAGCGCCUCUGCGCACUACAAUGGGAAACGUCGUGGCAUCUUUGCCACUUCCACCAGCACUCCAUACCGCCAUCCGCGUGCACAUGAACACGAUGGUCGAAAAAGGGGAAGAUGAUGAGGACGAUGGAGACAAAGAUAACCUCGGCAUCCCCGAUAUGCUAAUUCAACGUGAGACGAGAGAGGAGUUCCACCCGUUAUGGCCUUUCGAAGUAUCUUUCUCCCAAUCUUCAGAGUCGGCAGAAUCGAAGAUUCAACUUUUUGCGGACAAGAACCCCCACAUCGAGGGGGCCACCCAUUUCCACAUCGCCGAGGCAGAAAAACGCACCUUACCGAGCGAUGAAUGGGCGAUCGAGCAGGAGUUAGACAGGAGGAAGGUUGGGGGCAUCAAAGGGAUCAGUGGGAGUGCAGGUGGUACCGGGAUCUUGUUUUGCUCGCACACUUGGCUGCAGCCCCUCAAGAUAACCGUUACGACUUGGCUCCGCCCCCCUAAUGGACGGCACUCUUCCCGCAGCAAGAUGAUGCUGGACUUCGACGUGUCCAGCGUCUAUUCAAGCGCACCCUGGAAAGAGUUCGUGACUCAACGGUCCGGCACCUGGAGGGUGAGCAUCCUCCAAGUAGUGUCGACCCCCUCAAUAAUUGCUUGGGGCGCUUGCGUUGACGGCUUGGAGACGGCCGCCAAGCAAACGGGAUUCAGGAGAUAUCGCAGGUGGCACAGGAACUUCCUAAAGCGCACCAUCGACGAGGUCGAUGAUGCCGAAAUGGUUGAUUCAUCAUCGAAGGCGUUACUACUGGUACUAGCAGUACCGAGUUCAACUUUCAGCACGCUGUGGGUACGAUUGCAAGACCUCCAGGCAUUCCAGGCAUUCCAGGCUAAGAAGGAUGGUGGAGCGCAGAUUCCAGAAAGCGCCUUAGAAAAACUUCCGUUGGAUUACACAAGUACUAUGCAUCAUGAUUGGUGGUAG